AGCUCUGCCAUGUUCUCGAAACAGAUCAACAAUGCCUGUCUGAACAAAGGAAACAAUUCUUAAAGGGCUAGACCCCGUACGUGGCGCGUCAAAACGUUGCUCCUCAGGCUUAGGACGUUCCACAUGGAGGCUUGCACGAAUGGCCAAGCCCACAGCCCACUGUGCUUACGCCAGACACGGCAAAGACCAUUGCUCCAGGUCCCAGAUGGGAGACUGUGUUCUGCUCCUGGGUGCCGCUAUUGUUCUUCCUCUGACCUGCGAUACCAGAGCCCGUCCACGCAGAGUCACAUUGAACAACCCAAGGCUUGCAUUCUUUAUGACUCGCUCUUCAGCAUUCACUUGCUUUUCAGCCUUUUAUUCCUUCCUGACGCCGCAGCAGCCAUCUUCGAGAUUUCCUCGUGCGGGCUGACAGCGCUCCUAGCCUCUCACGCGACCAGUUUUCUAGCACGAUCUUCUUUUCCUUUCGUAUGAUUCGUGUUGAACGGAUGUGAUGGAUAACUAUCGGUUGCCCCAAAAACUGCCCUUUUCGAGCAAAAGACUCAAGACGAAGGUGGUUCUGUCGUACAUCUUUGACUAUGUCAUCAUUGUCGUGCUAGUAGCUGGAUUCUACGCCCUUGACGCAGUCGAGCCGUUUCAUCAACAAUUCUCACUGAAAAACUACACUCUCCGUUACCCCUACGCCGUCCACGAGCGAGUUCCGAUUCCACUCCUUCUCGCCGCCGCAGUUCUGGCGCCUGCAGUUAUAAUUGCUGUGUACACGCUGGUGAUAGAUGGACUCUUCUCACACCAAGCCGGGGGAAGACGAAAGAGGUACCCGCUCAAGAGCAGGCUCUGGGAGCUGAAUUGCGGCAUCCUUGGUCUCCUUUUGGGGGUCGGAGCCUCCUUUGUGAUCACGGGAGCACUCAAGAACGCCAUUGGAAAGCCCAGACCAGAUCUGAUCGAUAGGUGCAAGCCGGAUCCAACUGUGGAAGCUGACUUUUUGCUUCCUGGCAAUUUCAGUCUGGCCCAGCACGCGAUUUGUACUCAGACGGACAACGCUAUCCUCAAGGAUGGUUUUCGAAGCUUUCCUUCGGGGCAUAGCAGCAGCGCCUGGGCUGGUCUCUUCUACCUUUCUCUAUAUCUUACAGGAAAGAUGCACGUUUUAGACUCUAGAGGCGAGGUGUGGAAGACAUUUAUUGUUCUUGUACCUUCCCUAGGUGCUGCUCUCAUUGCAGGCUCAAGGAUCAUGGACGCAAGACACCACCCUUUUGAUGUCAUCACUGGCAGUCUGCUUGGAAUCUUCUGUGCUUGGGUGGCGUACCGUCAAUACUUUCCUUCCGUAAGUGAUUUCCGUGCCAAAGGACGGGCGUAUCCAAUCCGCACAUGGGGUCGAAUUAGCGAAGAUUAUCAGGAGGUGGAUAAGUUGCCAUUGAAAUCGGAUAUCUCUGGCAUGGCAUUCGGAAGUGGCAGAGAGACACCUCCGCAACCAAGCUCAGGAAAUGUCUUUCGUGAUGAGGUUGGAGCAUCUCAGCGGAGAAGGCGCUUACAGGAUCCCAAUUACGACGGCUCAUUUUCAGACGUGACGUCUGCAGUAGACACAGCAAAGUACCUAUCACAGCAUGGAACUGGAAAUCCAUUCACGCAAGGUGAGAUGAGAAGGCCUGGAAGGAGAGACGAGUGGGAUGAGUCAACGGAUGAUGAAGGGGGAAAUGAUGUUGAACUCCAGCCGUCAUAUGCACGACCUGCGGUUUCUGGAGAAACGCGCUAUGAUCCCCCAAUGAGAUAUCUGACUCCGGAAAACACCUCGUACUCGGCCUACAGAGCUCCGCAAGCACAAGCUGAAAGCAGACAAACGGUUAAGCCUGCAGAACCGAGCGGUGGCGAUCUCGGUGUAAGCUCGUCAACAGCACCAACCCACACCGCCUCUGGCAGUGCAUGACAAAUUUUGGUGAUCCAUUCUCGCAUCCACAACGAUUUGAAGUCAUGAUUGUUCGAAAUUGCACGGAGCACAUGAGCGUUAGCGCAUAUCCGGGAUUGGGCAAUCUGGAGUUUUGUUGGUCUAGCAUACGUGUUCAAUAAUCUCGGAUUUGUGAAUUCUUAAAAUGAAUCUCUCUUAUUCUGAGCGUUCAGCAUGUUUUCC